CGUACCGUGCGAGCACUAGCGAAGCCGGGAAGCCAGUUCGAGCGCUCGGCCGGCCCGCCGCACCCGGCCCAGGCACAGUCGGCAGUAGACCCAGAGAUCCGCUGCUCUGAUCCGGCGCUGGCGCAUGUACUCGAGCACGUGUUUCGCAGAUCAUCAUCAUCAUCAGUCAUGGCUGCUACUCACAUUCAAGAUUCAAAAACACGCGUGCGGCUGCUUGAACAUGGAGUUGACAAUGUUCACAGUUCAAGUUUCCCUGGAAAUUAUGUUGGAAGUGAUGAUUCUUGGAGCAUGGACAAAUUUACCAAGAACUUUCGUAUCGAUGUGAUUAGGCUGACUAAAACUGAGCUAGAGUUUGACAUGGUAGGAGUAGACCCAGCAGUAGCUAAUGCAUUUAGGAGGAUUCUGCUUGCAGAGGUACCAACAAUGGCAGUUGAGAAAGUCUUUAUAUUUAAUAAUACAUCCAUCAUACAAGAUGAAGUUCUCGCUCAUAGAUUAGGACUUAUUCCUAUCAAGGCUGAUCCAAGAAUAUUUGAAUACAGACAGGAAGGUGAUGAAACAGGAAGUGAAGAAGACACCAUAGAAUUCCAACUGAAAGUGAAAUGUACAAAAAAUCCAAAUGCUUCUAAAGAUGCUACUGAUCCCGAUGAACUCUAUAAAAAUUCCAAAGUAACAACUGAACAUUUCAAGUGGAAUCCUAUAGGAAGCCAAGAGCAAACACAUGGACCUAAAGCGUUUGCACCAGUUGACAAGGAUAUCUUGAUAGCAAAGCUGAGACCAGGCCAGGAGAUUGAUCUUAAAAUGCAUUGUGUGAAAGGAGUUGGUAAAGAUCAUGCAAAGUUCUCUCCAGUAGCAACUGCCUCAUACCGUCUUAUGCCUGAGAUCAAAUUGACCGAGAAUAUCAUAGGAGAGAGGGCAAAGAAACUUCAACAGUGUUUUUCUCCUGGAGUUAUUGAGGUAGAGAAAAGAAAUGGUGUUCCUGUAGCAGUAGUAGCUUGUCCAAGGAAAGAUACGUGUAGUAGAGAAGUCUUCUCACAUGAUGACCUCAAAGAUUGUGUGAAGUUGAAUAGAAUUCGGGAUCACUUCAUAUUCUCUGUGGAGUCAACAGGAGCUCUUCUCCCUGAUGAACUGGUCUCUGAGGCUAUCAAGAUUCUGAGAGCUAAGUGCAAGACAUUCCAACAAGACCUUGAUAUGCUGAGUAAUCAAGAUACAUGAACUCAUCUUUCACUUGUCUAGAAUAUCUGACUCAAAUGUUGCUGGAUGAGAAUGUGAACUCAAUGAAGUAGAAGCUAAAGCAAUAGACAGCAGUCAAGCAGGACUUACUGAGGAUCCAAGAUACAUGACGCAUGAACUCUCUUUGCUCCGUAAUUUCUAUCUCAAUUAUUGUUGAUGAGAAUAUGAACUAAAUGAAGUAGACUCAAAGUAAACAAAGCAAGAGAAGUGCGUAACAACAGAGUCACGGACACCUGAACUCGUCUUGCUCUUUCUAGAAUAUCUUGACUGAGUUUUUGUGAACAUGAACUCAAUGAAAGGAGAAUCAAUGCAAAGCAAAUAAAGGAAGCAGGAGACACACUGAGCGACCAACAUACACAACAUCUAAAAAAAAAGAAUACUUAACAAAAAGUGGUAUAAUGCUCUUAAUCUGCUCUUCUGUAAUCUAGAAUCACCAGAAAACAUAACUUUAGAGGGUACUGUCCCCCACCAGCGUAACCUCCAACCAUCAUGUAAUGUGUUUCUGCAAGCAUUCUGGAAAACUUUAUAGUGCCUUUUGGCAUCUUGAGUGUCUGAAUAUCUUCUUCCAAAGAUGAUAUUCGGGGAGGGGGUGUUAUUGUUUACUUUUAAAGGAAAAGUCCACCCCAACAAAAACUUGA